AUGGUCACCGAUACUCUUAAAUGGGCUCAACCCACCGGAGAAUUUAAACGUCAAGUUUCUUCAUUCCGUGAUUUUGUCUCAGCUAAGCCAGGAGCCAAAUUUGCCGCUGAGGCUGGUCGUUACCACCUCUACGUAUCAUUGGCUUGUCCAUGGGCCCACAGAACUCUCAUUGCUAGAGUUUUGAAGGGAUUGACCCAAAUCAUUUCGGUUUCAGUUGUCCAUUGGCACUUGGACCAAAAUGGCUGGAGAUUUAUCAAUGAUGAAGAAUUGGCUGAGGCAAAAAAAGGUUCUACCGAAUACGGAACUGUGGAUCAUGUCAAUUCUUUCAAAAGGUUGAAGGAGGUUUACUUCAAGGCUGACCCAGACUAUUCCGGCAGAUUUACUGUGCCAGUCUUAUGGGACAAGAAAUUGGAAACAAUUGUUAGCAAUGAAUCCAGUGAGAUUUUGAGAAUGCUCAAUUCUGAGUUCAAUGAGUUGCUUCCAAAGCAAUAUUCCGAGAUUGAUUUGUACCCCUCCAAGUUACAGGCUGAAAUUGAUGAGUUAAACGGUUGGGUCUAUGAUAACGUUAACAAUGGUGUCUACAAGACUGGGUUUGCAACAAAACAAGAAGUUUAUGACAAAGAAGUUGUAAAUGUUUUCAAGCACUUGGACAAAUUGGAAGAUUUAUUGAAGAAAAAUUACACCGAGGGAUCUGGUAAAGAUAGCGAGAAGAACUAUCAAUUCUUGUUAGGAAACCAAUUAACUGAAGCUGAUGUUAGGUUGUACACAACUAUCGUAAGAUUUGAUCCAGUAUACCAUCAACAUUUCAAGUGUAACAUCAGAAUGAUUAGACAUGAUUAUCCACACUUGGACAAAUGGUUGAGAACAUUGUACUGGAAGAUCUCUGGUUUCAAAGAAACUACUGAUUUCGAACACAUCAAGUAUCACUACACCAAGAGUCACAUUCAAAUCAAUCCAUUAUCAAUUACACCAUUGGGUCCUUUGCCAAAUAUCUUGCCUUUGGAAUGA